AUGAAGCUGUUGCUCAUCCUGUGGCAAAAGUGCUUCCAGGCAAACCUGCCGGUGGAGGACUACUUUGUGCGCAAUGAAUGGAUGGAGUUGAUCAACAGUCUGAACGGGCUGGGGCUCGGCGCCGCAAGCGUCCUCGGGGUCAUGAUGGAAACAAACGCAAACUUGGUCCGGAACGCCAAACCCCACGUGGUGCUUCAGUUCGUUGAUUUCUUGAAGCGGCUCGGCCCCGACGCCACCUGGCUAAACUUGCUCCAAGGGUUCUGCAGCUGUCUCGGCGUGCCGAUCCAGUGCCAGCAGCAGCUGGUGCUGCAAUCUGUGUACGAUCCGGGGAGUAUAUGAGAAUGCACAACUUCUACCCCUCCUACUCAAUUGUCAUGCAAAAUUACCAAAAGCAUAUGCGCCCUUUGCCUCUUGGCGUUGGCCCUUUUUGCAUUUACAGAUUCAUCUGGCAGCCCAUACAGAACUAGAACAAUACGCAGUGCAGUUGUCAUGCAAAACCUUCACUCUUGCCGAGCCGACGCUACGCAGCUGCUCAUGCACCUCGAAUGAGGGGGAGGGGGAGUUGUGCACUCUCAUAGAGUAUUCAGCCGAAUACGGAGUGGAUUGGGAACAAAAAGAAACUACUCCUCUCCUGCCGCUAUGCAUUGCAAAAACAUCUUCGCGCUAGAUAGACAAAAAUUGCUUCAGAAUAUUAAAAGUGUGCUAAGUUGUUAGUAGACUCGUUGAAUGUUGCCAUCUGUCCUCACUACAACGCGCGACAGAUUAUAUUUUGCAAAGGAUAGUCGCCUCGGUUCCGUCGUGUGCCCCUUUCCGGAAACCCUCCGUGCCCAGUACACCGGCGGCGAAGCGAGUGCAGCGAUCUACGGACACACCCUCCUCGCCUCGGGGAUCCGCGAUUUGUUUGUCUCCUGGCACAGCUCCGACGGGCAGCUGUGGCAGUUGGGGAACACGGAAAAGUUCGGGCUGUACUUCUCGCCGAAACAGCUGGGCCUGAAAACCUUCACGUUUCCGGACGACAGCGACCGGCGGCAAUGGGUGAAUUUGGCGGACAUCAUGUGGGUUUUGGAUCCCAACGCCUGUUUUAACGUGGUCUUCGACACCAGGGAGCGGUGGCCGGACCGACAGAAAAAAAUGUCGAAGUCGGAGAAGGCCAGCAUGCAGGCGAAGCAGGUGCUCGCGAACUUCUUCAUCGCGCAGCUGCAGAUGCUGACGGAGAUGUGUCUGGAUCGGCAGGUGAACGCGAUCGGGGCGAUCGAGAAGGAGUACUUCUACGAACUGGUGGUGUGCGGCGUGUGGCACCCCUUCCUCCCCGAAAUCGUAAGGUCGAGGUUCGCGGCGCUGACCGACAAUUUGUGGAUCGACCGGCACCCGCACUACGAAAUGGAGGUGCCGAACUUCAUCCGGAAGUACUUUGGAACCACCGCCAUGCAGAUGAUCACCGCGGGCACCGCGCAGCACCAGUCGGAACUGCCGAAGUUUGAGUUGAUAACCCCGCCCGUGACCUCGAAACAGGGCGAGGCGGAGCAGGCCGGUAACAUGAAGGUGAACCCGUUUUACGGGAUUACCAGCUCGCAGAAGUUCCAACUUCUGCUGGGCUACAUCCAGUACCACAUGGAAAAGAUGGAGGGGAAGAUGUGCAUCACGCAGAAGGGUCUGAACCAAUACACGGGUGCGUUGAUGGAGAUGGGCCUGCACUUGCUACGCUUCGGCUUUAUCCCCACCUGGGACCAGCUCUGCGACAUCCUGGAACCCAUCCUGAAGUGCAUGGACGGCCGGACCGACUGGCUGAAGCAAGCUUAUGGCGUUCUCAAACGUUACAUUCUCAACUGUUACAUGAUUUGUCAUGCAAAAUGACCAUGACCCGCCAGACGAUCAAGCUGCUGCGCAUGACAAAUUCUCGGAGGUCUAAACAGCACUAUAAUCCGCACGAAACCUGUAAUGCAAGACGCGCAAGGUUCUCCCUCUCACCUGUGCUAGUCUUGCGUUACAAAUUCAUGUAACAGUUGAAAACGCCAUAAAGCUACCGACCAGCUCACUCCCCGGUCCGCGUUUGUGCUGGACGUGGGGCCUAUCAAAUGUAAAAAUGUCUGGGUCUGGAAGAAUGCCAGACUUGUCAUGCAUAUUUUGCAUGACUCGGGAUGUCUGUAAUGCGUGAUCUGGCAUCACAUAUUUCUAGAGGCCUUCCUGAUGCCUAUCCCGCAUGACAAAUGCCCUCCCCGCGUAGCACAAACUGGGCGCCUCUUCCUGGUCAUGCAAUACAGAUUUUUUUAGAGUCCAAAGUUAGCAUCACAAGUUGCAUUCUUCCAGACCCAGACACUUUUGCAUUUGAUAGGGCCGAACGGC